GGGCGCGCCCCAUCUUGCAGGUUGAAAGUUGGGCCCAGGCGCGCGCCCUCCACGUCCCAGAGCUCAGUCUUCCGAGUCCCGGCAUAUUUGCACUGUUCUAGAGACGUCUCUCGGAGCUGCUCGCUCCGGCGAUUAGAAUUAGGCAGCAUCGCCUCGCAGUGCUCCUCACCGGCUAUCACAUCUCCACCAUACCCCGCACUUCAACAAGUCCCCAGUGACAGAGCACACCGCGAAAAAAUAUAGCCAUCCAUCCAACAGGUCCCUCCUUCAUAUCGAUUGGCAGGGACUGGAUCGAAGAAGCAUGGACGGGGGAGACGAGCAACCGCCCCUAUCUCCGGACUCGUCACGCGAGCAAACAGCAGCAGCAGCAGCAGCGGCGGCGGGUGCGCCAAACAGCUCCGAUGACUCAGGUACCGCGCACGCAGAUCACCAGCAGCAAGGCUCAGCUGGACCUGGUCAAAGUGCCGCAGCACCGAUGGCUUCCGGGUUCGGUUCGAUCGUGGAGGCGUUCAUGAACAGCUUCAGGAGCGCCGUGGCGGGGGAGCAGCAGCAGCAAGCCCAUCGCCCACAGCCAGCCACCUCAUCGGUGACACCGGCUCCGAGUGGCCCGUCUGGGCCGACGGGAGAGGGUGGUCAAAGCGUACCGAGUGCCCCAGCGCCACCGACAGGACGGUCGGAUGAGCCAGCGCCGUCGACUGGUGGUGACGACAGCCGUUCGGCGCCGACGCUCUUGUUUCAGAUGCCGUUUCUCAAUCAGAACGGUCGCCCAGCCACUCUCGCUUUUGUUCCCGGCCCGCUGCCAGUGCCACAACAGCAGCAGCAGCAGCAGCAGCAGCAGCAGCAGCAGCCACGACAACAAGAGCCACUGCCAGCAAACAGCCCUCAGCGUGGCAAUUCGCAGUUCAACGGCUUCCACGUACCCACGGCGCCCAUCUUUGUGCCGCUGGGCAGCUCUCCAUUGCCGUUCAGCUUCCUUUUUGACAACCAGACGAACACGGCGUGGCCGAUUGUCGCCCUGCCCGACGGUGGACAGCCCAUGCCGCCGGGAGCAAUGCCGCCCUCGGCGACUGGCCCACGGACGAUGCCCGAGUUCAUGGCCGGGCCGCCGUUCCACGUCGUCAUCGACUUCAAUUUUGUCCCCGCUCGGGAGCCUGAGCGGCCGGACCCCGAGCGAGCGGCCCGGUUCGUCUCGUCGCUCGAGCGGGCCGACGCCGAGCUGCGGAGCCGCAUGGCCCGGCUCGGCAUGGGCGACAUUGGCUCCCAGGACACGGCCGACCACCUGGGCUGCCCCAUCUGCCUGGAUGAGUACGACCAGGACGACGUGCCCGAGUGGAUCGGUGGCCAGGCCAGCAAGGACCAGGAGGUUGUCGCCGUGCCCUGCGCGGGGCACCACACACUGCACCACCGCUGCCUGCUCGAGUGGCUGGCCAACAAUGCGCCGUCGCAGUGGACAUGCCCCCUGUGCCGCGCGCCGCUGGACCGUGAAAAGGUCGACAGCAGCGCCGCAGACUCGCAGCAGGCCAGUGCCACCGACUCGAGGCGGCCUCAAGGCCAGAGGCGGGCCGACGAGGAGCUUAAGAAAGCCGAGUACGAGUCCAAGUCACGGAGCCUGCGCGAGGAGGUCAGGUUGCGCGAACGAACAAGGGGCUGGCGAUGCGACUCUCCGGCCUGCCUGCCCAGAUAUCCGGGCGAAGAGACAGCCCUCGUCGGCGGUGGCGGCGGUGGCGGUGGCGGCAGUAGCAGCAGCAGCUGCUGCAGCAGUGGCCCCGUCGAUCUGGAGCUGGUCAGCUUGCUUCCAUGCCGACACAAACUCCACCUCGACUGCCUUUGCACCUCGAUGCGCCUCGAGCAAGCCAUUGGCACCGAAGCAGCUGACGAUGACGAUGAUGAUGAUGACGACGAAGACAACGAGGACGUCAAUGACAAUGACAAAGAUAAUGACCAAGAGGGAGAAGAGCAGAAAAAAGAGGAGGAGGAGGCCCAAGAGGGAAAGGAGGAGAGCGGCUCAGAGGCCAGGAAAGACAGGCCGGCUGCCUUGGAUGGGGGAGAGGCAGCAGCGGCCAUCGGUCUUGUCAGUGACGACAACAAGGCACGGGAGACGGUGGGCAAGUGGGUGACGUGCCCCACGUGCCGCAUCGAGGCGUGGGCCGAGCUGCCCGCAAAGCGCAAGAGCAAGAGGGUCGAGGCGGCACGGGCAAAGCAGCAGGCCGCCACCAAGGUCGUCGAGACUACCGUCGUGCUCGACGGCAACCAGCUCGAAGCAGUGACAGAAGAUGGCAGCGGUUUCGAUCGAAAGAAUGACUCGGGAGUGUACCUCAACCAUCCCGGACCCAUCGCCGGCACCAAGCGACCAGGCGCAGACCUCGGCAUGGAUGCAACGGCGACGAGGGAGCGAGCCCGAUUCGACGAUGCCGCCGCUGCUCUCCUUGUCGAUGCUGAGGACGGCGCCAACGACAGCGACGUUGACGUCGAAGCCAUGCUCCGCUGAAGUCAGCACCCCUCAGUUCCUGUACUUUUGCCCAAACGGCCAUGUACCACUAGUAUAGACCUUCUCAUCGCCAUCCGGUCAGGCACUGCAUGAAUGCGUCAGUCGUGUUAAUCUAUCCAUUACAAUGAAUAUUCUAUUCCGAAG